CCGCGGGGGUAGAGAGGGAGAGAGCAAGCCCACAGUAGAAGGGACAGUGAGGGCGGAGUGAGUCCUUAGAGGAGGAUACUGCUGCAAUAACAGCUGCAGCUGCAGCAACAGCAAAUAUGAAAUUCGUUCGCUUCCUUAUGAAGAACUCGGCCCUGGCCAACGUACCAAAACAUAUCGACCAUUUUUCCAAAUUCUCGCCGUCCCCGCUCUCCAUUAAGCAGUUUUUGGAUUUUGGCUCAACAAAUGCCUGUGAGAAGACCUCCUUUAUGUUUCUGAGGCAAGAGCUGCCUGUGAGACUCUCUAAUAUUAUGAAGGAAAUCAAUCUCCUCCCAGACCGGCUACUUGGCACACCUUCCGUUCAGUUAGUCCAAAGCUGGUAUGUUCAAAGUCUUUUGGAUAUUCUUGAGUUUUAUGACAAGAACCCUGAUGAUCUGCGAGUUUUAUCAAGUUUUACAGAUGCCUUAAUUACAAUUCGGAAUAGGCAUAAUGAUGUUGUUCCAACAAUGGCACAAGGUGUUAUUGAGUACAAGGAAUCAUACUUAGAAGAUAGCAUCACUAGUCAAAAUGUACAGUACUUUCUGGAUCGCUUUUACAUGAGUCGUAUUUCCAUCAGAAUGCUCAUCAAUCAGCAUACACUAAUUUUUGAUGGCACAACAAACCCAGCUCAUCCCAAGCACAUAGGCAGUAUUGAUCCAGACUGUGAAGUUGUAAAUGUCAUCAGAGAUGCAUAUGAAACUGCUAAACUCCUUUGUGACCAAUAUUAUAUGGACUCUCCUGCACUGGAAGUGGACCAAUACAAUGUAAAUGGUUCAGGACCUGUCCAUAUUGUCUAUGUACCAUCUCAUCUCUAUCACAUGCUGUUUGAACUUUUCAAAAAUGCCAUGAGAGCCACUGUAGAAAAUUAUGAAUCCAGUUCUUGCCUUCCAUCUAUCAAAGUGAAAGUUGCACUGGGCAGUGAAGAUGUCACAAUUAAGAUGAGUGACAAAGGUGGUGGUGUUCCUCUGAGUAAGAUAGACCGGCUGUUUAGUUACAUGUAUAGCACAGCUCCCACACCACACUUGGGAAGCUCUAGAGGUACACCACUGGCUGGUUUUGGCUAUGGGUUGCCUAUUUCAAGACUUUAUGCCAAGUAUUUUCAGGGAGAUCUUCAGCUCUAUUCCAUGGAGGGUUAUGGAACUGAUGCAGUCAUUUAUUUAAAGGCUCUAUCGAAAGAUUCAGUAGAGAGGCUACCAGUUUAUAACAAAUCUGCUUGGCGACAUUACCAACAUAGCCACGAGGCUGACGAUUGGUGUGUACCUAGCAGUGAUCCAAAGAACAUGGCUGCGCACAAGAUUCAGCAAUGAUGCAUGAGCUCAUAAGUUCAUUUCUACAGAAAAGAAUGAAAAUGAUUCUCUGUCCAAUCAGUCAUGACAUGGGAUUUUUAAGACUACAGAAUGGCUCUUUCGAGCAUUUAAUAAUAUUGAAGCAAUAAUUAAAAUGAGGAAUCUUCUCAAAUGAUUAACAUAGAGUUGAUUCGAAAGAAAUCUUUGUCUUAUUUCACUUUUGCAGAAUAUUACUGUCGAGAGUCAAGAGAUCUUGAUUGAUUUAUUGUGGGGAGAGAAAAUAGUGGCAUUGUUUAGUAUUUAAGCUUCAAGUGUCAGAUUAUUUUUUAAAAGAACAUUAUGUAACAUUAAUAUUCUGGUUUAAAUUCUAAAUUAGGAGUGUAAGUAGAAAUAUCAGUGGUCCAGAGUAAUCUGGGCUUUUUCUCACUGAGAAUUCAAAUUCUGAGCCAUACAUUACAAAGAAGAAAUGUCUCAAACUUGAAGCUUAAAAUACAACCAUGUACUGUGCACAUUAUCGAUUAAGUGAUGACAUUUAACAAACCAAUAAGUUAAAAUGCAUUUAAAGUAGCUUACAGAUAGUAUGAUUAAGUGAGUUAAAUUUGCAUCUUUUUAGGGAUGUAUGUGUUUACCUUCUAUGAAUAGGUGAUUAUAAAAUCUCUAUCCGCCACUGAUUCCUGGACUACUUUGAGUUCAGAUAGAAUUAAACUCUGAAAUUUAGAAAUAGUUCUGAAAUUCAGUUUGUCUCACUACCUUUAUUAUUUUUCUUAGGGCUUCAUACCUCCGGUUUCUUGCCAUUUUCAGGUCCUUUUAAUUUCCAGUAUUGAUUUUGUAUCAGUGACAUUUUAAUCAAGCUCUGCUUUAAAUCUUUUUCAUGGGAAGAAGGGUUUCCUAGGUUAACUCCAUUCUGAGAUUAUAUCUUGUUGUGCGUUUUUCUAGUACAGGGAAUAUUCCUUGUUAAUUGGUUUUAUUUAAAUUACUUGAAAUAUAACGUUCACUCGGCCCCUUCAACCUUUAUCUUUCUGGUUAAUCAAUGCUGGAAUUUUUCCAAAGUCAGAUAAAUCAUAUAUCAUAAGCACUUAACAGAAUAUUUUGAACCUUUUUUUUAAUAUUCUAAAUUGUGAUGAAGUUCAGUGUUACAACCUUUAUAUAGUGUAGGUUUGCCCAUGUAAGCUUUUUUUUGACCACUAAAUUCUUAGAACCCUUCAUUCCUUGGUUUAUUUCCCUUUGCCUUGCUAUUAUCCCUUAUAAUCCUAUUUGAAAUGCUGUCCAAAUUUAUUUUUUCUUUAAAUCUCAACUGUCCUUCAGUUUUGCAACAAUCUGCUCCCUAAAUUUAUACUACCUCUAUAUCAACUGUAGAUGGUCUAUCGCCAAUUCUUCAUUUCUAGUAAGUGUACUGGUGGAAUGCUACAUGUUUCUUUUAUCUGUAUAUACAUUACGUGUAAAUCUGUACAUGUGCUUGAUGUAAAAUGUGCCAAAGAUGUGUUUAUUAACAAAAAGUGAAUUGUUAGUCUUUUAAAUUGUUCAGCUGUUGCAAUAUGCAAAUGUUUUUUUUAAACAUUAGAGCACAAAUCUUGUAGAUCCUAAAAUGAUUGAUUAAACUUCAACCUUGUUUGAUUUUAAAAUAA